AUGAAGUACCUACUGCACUUUCUCGGGUUCACCUCUGUCCUGGGUGUAGGGAAUGCAUCCAAUUUCUUGACGGGAACAUCCCUUGGGACGUCCAACCUCACAGCUGGUGCAGCUUGUGCCUGCAAGGAGCUCUCCAGCAUAUACUCCAGCCAGGUCAUCCUUCCCGGCUCGGAGAACUACACAGCACAGGCAAACUACUACUGGGACAUCCGGGCUGAUCUGAGUCCUGCUUGCGUUUUCAUGCCGAACACGGCCGACCAGGUUGCUACGGCUGUUAAGCAAUUUGUUCAAUGUGAUGCUCAAUUUGCGGUCCGUGGUGGUGGACAUAUGAAUUUCCCCGGAUCGAAUAACAUUGAUGGCGGUGUCGUUUUGGCAUUCAACAACAUGACAAACUACAAAGUCAACAAGGAUACAAUCGAGGUGGAGCCCGGAAUGACAUGGUACGAUGUGUAUGCGGCACUUGAUCCAUAUGGUCGAACAGCAAUCGGGGGUCGCCUCAAGACAAUUGGAGUCCCUGGACUUACUCUGAUCGGCGGAGUCUCCUACUUUAUUAACAAAUACGGCUUUGCUAUGGACAAUGUCAAUAGCUAUGAGGUGGUUUUGGGGAAUGGCACCCAGGUUACUGCUAACUCGACAGCCAAUCCUGACCUUUUCUGGGCGCUCAAGGGUGGUGCCAAUAACUUUGGAAUUGUCACAAAGUUCACCUUGAAGACAUACGCCAUGCCGCACAUUAGUACCACCAUCCAGGUCUUCAACGAGAGCUCUGCGUAUGCCUUCACCAAGGCAGUCUGUGACUGGGCUGUGGGUGACAGUGAGAGCCCUAUUGGCGCAGGCUCUGUGAUCACCAUCACCUACAAUGCCACCACUAAGGAGAUGUCAUCCACGCUUCUGGGUGUCCAGGAGGGAAUCAGCAAUCCGCCAUCAGAGUUUGCCAACUUUACUGCUAUCCCAGGUGUCUCCAAGAUGAACAACGUUACAACUGGCAAGCAAUGGGCCUCGGGCCUUGAUUCUCCCAAGCAGAUGUUCCGGGUCAUGUUCGCGCAUCACUCAAUGAUACCCGAUACUGACGUCCUCUACUCAAUGAUCGAGACAUGGAAAAACGCGGUCAACGACAUCGCCGACGUCCAAGGUUUGUACCCAACAUUCGUGGCGAAUAUUUCCCCAGCCAGCGCCGCGAGAGUAGCCAAGACGAAUGGCAUUGGCAAUGUGUGGGGUCUCGAUGAGGAGCCUUUGAUAUGGUGGCAACUUAGCACCGGCUGGGGCCUGGCACAGGACGAUCUCCGAGUUCAGGGCUGGGCUCGUCAGCUAACUGAGCGCCUGCACACAUUGAAUAAGCAAAACGGCCUGGCUAGAGAGUUCGUGUACAUGGGCGAUGCGGGUGAAUGGCAAGACCCGUAUGCUGGGUUUGCCCCAAAGAAUGUGCAGCGGAUGACGGAAAUCAGAGCGGCUUAUGAUCCCAAGGGAACGUUUUCGAAGUUGAAUUGGGGUGGGUUCAAGCUUGGGUACUGA